AGAUAUGUCAGACGAUAAAGGGUCGUUGGAUUGUCUCCCAAUCUAUUCAUUCCUCUUUCCGAAUAAAAAGGGCUCUAACUUAUAUAAUGCUUAUGACCGAAGUGAGGUGAAAGAUAAAUUAGUUAUAAAAAUCGACCAAGAUGCCGUGAUCAAUAUAGAUGCUUUAGAGAAAGAUAUAGAAAUAACUGUUAUUGCUACAUCUUCAGAUUCUAGUAAGUGUGACUACCAUAUUUUAUAUGCAUCAAUUCUACUUAUUGAUCAUCAUAAACUCAAAGCAUUUACUGAAUUAGUAUAUAUCAUAACCGGUGAAAAAUUCAGCAAAUAUAUUGAUAGAGAAUUACCUGAUCAAAAUUUUAACCUUCGCCUAAUUAGUUCAGCAAAAAAAGGUUGUGUGAAACGCAUCCUAUUAUAUUUGAUAAAUAAUGAAUGGAAUGAACUUGAUCAUACUAGAGUCGAACCACCUGUUAGUUUGUAUUUUGAAGGACCCAAGGUUCUGAGCUUUCCUAAAGCCUUCGUAAAUUUCCCAUCUUGGGUCAAGUAUAAUGACUUCCUUACAGCAACAGAAAUAUAUGAGAAGAGAUAUAUAAAACAAUUGCCUAAUAGAGGUGAUAUCUAUGUGGGAUCACCUUGGAAAAUGGGGAAAACCUAUAUUCUUGAAAAUUUAGCUAUUUCUGAUAACAUAAAUUUAUUAGUACUGUCUACGCGUCACUCUUAUUCUAAUGCUGUUAUUACAAGGCUUAAUCUUAAGUCAUAUUGCAAUAUUGAUGUAUCUAUAAUUGCUCAAGUACAAAGUUACUUGGCGAAGCAAUCAAUAGAAAAAUUAUAUAAAUUAAUCCAAGAUGCUAGGCGUAUUAUUGUUAUGGAUAAUGAUCUAAUGGAUCUCAACAUUGAAUGGAUUAAGAUUCUUCGCAAGAAUAUACAGUAUCUUUCUCCAUUAUUCAUAAUACUUACCAGCCUCAGAAAGACUUCCUUGUUACCUUUUGAGAAUCGUAAAAGUACUGAAUUUCCAGAACUAAGGAUCAAGGAAUAUCACAGUAAAUCUGAUCCAAUGGAAAAAGCUCAAGAUUUUAGCAAUGUAAAAGAAUCAUGGAAAGAUAUUAACCUAGUUGCUUAUACUAGUACUUUAAAAAUAGGAAUAUCUUGCAUUAAUCCUAAAUUUGAACGAGCAUUUUGUAUCUUUAAUAAAAAAGGACUAUUUCAAUGGUUACUGAAUGCCAAACGAGAAUGCCUCACUUGUGAACUUCAGAAUAGAGGGAUUUUUCCAAAUGUAGAUUCUAUUAUCUGGAAUAAAGAUGUGCUAACUAUUCGAUUGUGGGCAGGUAUCGUAGUUUUUGUUAUGGAAUUCAUUCCUAAACCUGAAGAUACUAUGAUAUUGCUAUUUCAAACAGUGAAGACUGCUGAAUUAUUGGAAAAUAAACCAAUGAAGAUUUUAGAAGAGAUGUGUUCUUUAGACCGGUAUCAUAUUGUGGAUUACUAUGGGGUUCCACCUGAAUUACUAACCAAAGACUUUAUCUCAAAAUAUGGGAAUUACAAUCACAUGAAAUGGUUUAGAGCUUAUAAGCAACUACGAGAUGCUG